AUGCACCCUGAUCUCCUUUUUUUGGACGUUUUGCAUCCUGCCCAGUAUUUCUUUGGCCACCACGCGGAAGAUGACGGCUUUAGCUUCGACAUGCGUGCUGCCUACAUCGAGCCCUUCCCCACGGACGAGGAGCAGAGGCGGAAGAAGGAGUCGAAGAGGCGACGAUUCUUCUGGCAGGAUAAGUAUCAGCCGCCAGACAUCGUGGAGAUUGCCUGUGUAGAAUGUGGGCAAAAGAAUUGGUUGGAUGCCAAGUGGCUCAAAGCAAAGAAAGGUGGCAUGCAGUCCGCGGUGUGCGUCCGAUGUCGGUCAAUCUUGGCCGGGGUCGCCUGA